CACGACUCUCACGCGUGCCUCGCCCAACGUCAGCAAUCGCGUGCCGGACCUUGCUCACUGGACUCGAGAAUAUCGCGCGACAUCCUUACGAUGCGAUUGUCGCAGUAGCUGGUGCAUUCCAUCCCCUGUUCGCGCCGGGCGCAUUGCUUCUGCACAUCGCAUCAUACCGACUGCGCCUACCCGCCGACUGCCCCUACACCUUCACCAUGGCCGCGUCCUUGAGCGACCCGGGUCCCUCCUCCCCCCUCAGCAGUGCGCCUCCCUCGUCCCGCUCCUCAUCGCCUCUCUCGGAACUCUCGCGGAGCCCGUCGCCGCCGUCCGCCGACAUCAUGGCGCGCGCCCCAUAUCCCUCACCCCCCGCCAGUCAACAAACCUCGCAGAGCGGUUCGCCUGCGCCAGAUGGCGGCAUGUCUUCCGAUAAAGACGGCCCUCCACCAGCAAAGCGCAGAAGGAUAUCAGAGAAAACAGAGCGUUCGACCGAGCACUUGGACUUGCGCGGCAGUACAGUGCGUCCCGACCAACAACAUCAACUCGACCGCCUCGUCAAUGUCCUCCAUCGGCGCCAGAAGAUUGUGGUCAUUGCAGGCGCAGGCAUCUCAGUAUCAGCAGGCAUCCCGGAUUUUCGUUCCUCGCAAGGCCUCUUCCGCAGCCUCAAGGAAGAGUACAACCUCAAAGGCUCUGGAAAAGACCUUUUCGACGCGUCCGUGUACAAAGACGACGUGUCGACCUCGUCCUUUCAUGACAUGGUCAACACCAUGUCGCGUCUGACCAAGGAUGCCAAGCCUACAGCAUUUCACAACAUGCUCGCAACCAUUGCUCAGGAAGAUCGAUUGCUUCGAUUGUACUCACAAAAUGUCGACGGCAUCGACACUGGACUCGAGCCAUUAAAGACGUCCAUACCUUUGGCGAAGGGCCCUGAUGGUAAAUGGCCGCGCACUGUCCAAGUGCACGGCGGACUCGACAAAAUGGUGUGCUCGAAAUGUCACGACUUGGCAGACCUUGAUCCAAGCUUGUUCGAUGGACCUGUCCCGCCAACGUGCCCGCGGUGUGUAGAAGUCAACGACAUCAGGGUGGGCGUGGAGGGAAAGCGCAGUCACGGCAUUGGCAGAAUGCGUCCGAGAAUGGUCCUGUACAACGAGCACAAUCCGGACGAUGAGGCGAUUGGAGCGGUCACAAAGGACGAUUUGCGGAAACGACCUGAUGCGGUUAUUGUGGUUGGCACGACACUGAAGGUCCCCGGCGUACGAAGAAUUGUGCGCGAAAUGUGCGCUACUGUGCGAGACAGAAGAGGCGGCGUCGCGAUCUGGAUCAACAGCGACCCGCCACCGAUCUCCAAGGAUCUUGAGGACUGUUGGGACAUCAUCGUGCAAGGCCCUUGUGACAAAGUGGCUCGACACGCAGCCAUGCGCAAGUGGGACGAGCCGGCCAUCUCUGAGGAGUAUUCGGAGGUCAGCGAGAACGAGGCCAAGAAGACGGCUGCUAAGAGAAUGCGCGUGCAACUGCCACCAAGGAACAACGCAAAAUUCGCUCCGAAACUGGCCCGACCUUCUGCUUUGCAUAGAAACAACAGUUUCAAGCCUCCUGCAAUUGGCGAGAUGACUCCACAGAAGCCUUUGGAACGUGGUCCUGUUGACUGGAGCCCAAUGCCGAUGCCACGACUUCCAGUUGUCCAAAGCAUCGAGGGCGAUUCACAAACGGAGGACAAUAUCACUGUUAUGACGGAUCAGGCGGACACACCAAUCGACAGUGGGCUUCUAACGCCAACAAAAUCAUCGCGAGGCUCGCCAGGGAAGAAGGCCAUAGCGAAGGCAAUCAACUUCCCAAAUCUCACUCAACCCGCGAAAAAGCCGCAAGGCGCGAAAGGCGUCAAGAAACCGGUGGUCGCAAAGACCAAGAAGCAGUCUAACGUCAAAUAUUUCCCGGCAGCGCAGCCAGAACCGAGGGCGGCGAAGCCGGUUGUGAAACCGAAGAAAGCUGGGCUGAAAGGACCGAAAGGCAGGUCGAAACGUCAACCAUCUCCCAAGAACACGUUGAAGUCGACAUUGGGUGUGAGCAAGACGGCAGCUGAUGCAGAACAAACAUCCAAGGAGGCGAAUGUCCAUCAGAGUCCCAGCAAGCUUCGCCAAGUGAGCAACGCAUCCUCGGAGCCCAUGAAUCCUGUUUCACCACAAGAUCCUAGGAUGAAUCCGAGCCCAGUGCAUUUGCACGAGCAGUGUGGGAAGCCCGAAAGGCCGAUCAAUCGCAUGAGCAUCAGCAGUCUUGUGGACUGACGUUUAAGCCGACGUCUUGAGGGGUUUGCUCGUCGUAUAUUUGGUAUUUGAGAGCAUGACAUGUGUAGCGUUAAUGCAUGGCGAGGCGUUCUUUGAACGCAAGACGGAGUCUCUGACCAGAAGUCAUGGAGGCUAGAAACCGCUGAGAGACGGCGCGGCAUAUUGCACGCAUUGCUGGAUGAAUCUAUCAUGGAGAGUUACGCAUAAUGAUCAGCGCGUCUGUAAGAAUACAACGGACGCGUACAGAGUGCCGUGGACGCGACUGCGUUGCUGUGAGGGCAUACGUUGUAGAGAGAUCAGUCGCAAUCACCGCUAUACACGAAUCGACUGUCUUUCAGUUCAUAUCUGGGUAGCAUCUUCGCAACAAUCACUUCUCACAC